AUGGUCUCCCUUCCGCUUCCCCGUGUUGAGUCUCUGGCGGACUGCACGUCCUUCAAAUUUACGGUUUUGCCCUAUCUCGCCCAGGUGCAGUGGCUCCCCGCCAGCUUGCGCGAAGCGGGUUGGGAUCUGGAUAGCUUGAAGGCGGUUUACCUUGCGACCAACCCCUUGGUCUCCGCACUCACGCUGUGCACUGUCUUGGCUGGGCUUUUAUUCCUGGCCGCCGAAAUCAACCGCAACUAUUCGCAAAUCGAUCGCUUCUGGAGUAUCCUACCCGCCGUCUAUAAUGUGCACUACGCCACUUGGGCGCGUUUGGCUGGUAUCCGCACCCAGACUUUGGACACCAUCGCUGUGAUCAGCGUGCUUUGGAGUCUCCGCUUGACCUUCAACUAUUGGCGCAGAGGCGGCUACUCAAUUGGAUCUGAGGACUACCGCUGGCAGAUCGUGCGAUCGAAGGUGAACAAUCCCUUCCUUUUCACAAUCUUCGACUUCACCUUCAUCGCUGCGACCCAGUCGCUCCUGCUCCUGCUUAUCACGACCCCAACGUACGCCUUGGUGGUCGCCGCAUACAACCAGGGUCCCGAGGUCUUCGGUUUGCCCGACCUGGCCUUCUCCCGCGCUGCGCUCUUCUUUAUCAUCAUCGAGUACUUCGCCGAUCAACAGCAGUGGAACUUCCAGACUGCGAAGCAGGAGUACCAGAACAACGCGCGCAUCCCUGAGCCCUUCAAGGACCAGUACACCCCUGAGGAUCUUGAGCGGGGCUUUGUGGUCAGCGGCCUCUGGUCUUGGUCGCGCCACCCCAACUUUGUCGCCGAGCAGGCUGUAUGGCUGACCAUGUAUCUGUGGGCUGCCUACCGUACGGAGACCUAUGUCUCGUGGACUGGAAUUGGUCUUCUGGGCUACCUGCUCAUCUUCCAGGGUAGCACCCGCCUGACCGAGACGAUUAGCGCCGGAAAAUACCCCGAGUACAGCGAGUAUCAAGCCCGUGUGGGCAGGUUCAUUCCACGCCUGUCCGUGGAAGCCAAGAAGACGAAGCCCACUGCCAAAAAGGCUGUUGCCAAGAUCGAGCAGUCUGAGGCUACCGAGGCUACCGAAGCCAAGAAGAGCAACUAA